AUGUCGACACCAAUCACCACGACAGACACAGCUAAUCCGGCAUAUAUUGAAAUAUUUCUAGGAGGAGUCCAUGAGUCCAAUCAUGAAUACAUCUGUAAACGACUUUGUGAACGUAUCGAUGGCCUUGUAUCUUGUCGAUUUGUUGAUGAUAAUAAUCGAGUAGAACUUUCUUACGAUACAAAUGUACUCGAUCGAUAUGCACUUCUCACAGCCAUUCAACGUUUAGGACAUCCGGUACAAUCAGUGAACUCAGAGUCAAUUCAAUGUCAACUACGAAUCGAAGGGAUGCAUUGUAAUUCCUGUGUUUCGAAUAUUUGCGGUGCAGUCCUGGACUUACCGGGCGCUCUUGAUAUUCAGUUAACAUUUUUAGACAAACUUGCCACUAUCGUAUACGAUCCUUCGAUUCUUAAAUUAAAUGACAUUAUCGAUGAAAUUGAAAAACUUAGCUUUCAAGUGGCUAUCUCCAGUACUGAACAAGUUACAUCAACAAUCAAAGAUACUUCAAUAUCUAAUGCACUACUUACUACAUCAACGAAUGACAAUUUAAUUCGUAGGACAAGUAUUCGAUCAAUUGAUGACGAAAUUAAAUUUCAACAAUCGAAAACAACUCGAAAAGGAAGUCGACACGCAUUAUUAUCAAAACCAGACUAUGAAGUCGAACUUGAAACAUGUUUUCUAACUGUACUUGGCAUGACAUGUGCAUCAUGUGUGGAUAGCAUACAAAGAAAUUUGAGUAAAGUUGAAGGUAUUCAUUCAGUCUUAGUUGCACUUUUGGCACAACGUGCAGAAGUUAAAUAUGAUCCCGCAUGUCUCUUACCAACACAAAUUGCUACUUUAAUAAAUAACCUAGGAUUUCAAGCUGAGGUACUUGAAACUGCGACGCGUGGCAUGGAAGCCAUUGAUGUUAAUAUUGAAGGCAUGACAUGUGCAUCGUGUGUAAAUAAAAUUCAAAAUCAUAUGACUAAAAUUCCUGGUAUAAAAUCCGUUAAUGUUGUAUUACUAACUAAUCGUGGGCGAAUUCAAUACGAUUCAAGUAUUAUUGGACCGAGAGAUAUUCUCAAACAUAUUACAGAAGAUCUUGGUUUUCAAGCAACGAUAUUGACAGAAAAUGCAAAGUCUCAAGAUUUAGCUCGUUCUCAUCGACGCAUAACUCGACAAUGGAGAAACUCAUUCAUUAUUGCCGCUAUCUUCGGUGUACCCGCGAUGAUCAUUAUGCUUGUUUUUAUGUUCAAAUAUGAUGAUCAUAGAAAAGCGCCUCACGUCUCUACUGGUUUAUCAGUUGAAAAUUUAGUCAUGUUCUUAUUAGCUACACCUGUUCAAAUCAUCAGUGGAAGAUAUUUUUACAUUCAAGCAUUCAAAUCAUUGCGACAUAAGACGGCGAAUAUGGAAGUUCUUAUUGUCUUAGCCACUACCAUUGCUUAUUUGUAUUCUGUUGUGGUCGUUGCGAUCAAUAUGAUUAUGAAAAUACCCAGUCCAAUGGCGUUUUUUGACGUAUCACCAAUGCUUUUCAUGUUUGUUGCUUUGGGCCGAUGGCUUGAGCAUACCGCUAAAGCGAAAACUUCCGAUGCACUGAAGAAAUUGUUAUCAUUGCAGCCACCCCAAGGUACAUUAGUGAAGUUAGACGAAACGGGAAAGAUUAUCGAAGAGAAAACCGUUCUUGCUCAAUUGAUUCAACGUGAUGAUUUACUCAAAGUUCAACCUGGUGAAACCAUUCCAACAGAUGGUCGAAUCAUUGACGGUACGACAACGUGUGAUGAGUCAUUAAUUACGGGAGAAUCGAUGCCUGUUGAUAAAACUAUUGGUGCACAAGUUGUUGGCGGUACAAAAAAUCUUGACGGUUUAAUUAUAAUGCGUGCAACACAUAUUGGACAAGAAACAGCGUUGAAGCAGAUUAUUCGAUUAGUUGAAGACGCUCAAACUUCGAAAGCACCAAUUCAACAAUUAGCAGACCGAGUUGCCGGUUAUUUCGUACCAUUUGUUGUUUCGAUUUCGCUACUCACAUUGAUUCUCUACAUUAUUUUGGGCUUUACAAUGUUUGAUACUUUUAAAAAGUACUCAUCUUACUAUCACUCAAUGGAUGAAAGUUCACAUGAAAAUGGACACUCAACGGAUACAUAUGAUGCUUCGAAAGCUGAGAUUGUUCUGGAACUUGCUUUUCGCUAUGCCAUUUCUGUUCUUUCGAUUGCUUGUCCGUGUGCAUUAGGUUUAGCAACGCCCACUGCUGUUAUGGUUGGCACAGGUGUGGGUGCAUCCAAUGGUAUUCUUAUCAAGGGCGGAGAACCUUUGGAAUCUGCUCAUAAAAUUGAUACCAUUGUAUUUGAUAAAACUGGUACCAUAACAAAAGGCAAACCAUCUGUUGUUGAUAAACGAGUUUUCAUCCAAAAUUCAUAUAUGACUCUCGACCGAAUGUUGGCUAUUGCAGGUACGGCGGAAAGUGGAUCGGAGCAUCCGUUAGCUUUAGCUAUAUGUACUCAUUGUAAAGAACAUUUCGGCACCGAUCAAUUAGGUCUCUGUCGUGAUUUCAAAGCUACUUGGGGCUACGGACUACAAGCUCGUGUCAGUAACAUUGACUGUUUGAUAAGAAAUACUACUGAAGAGCGUUCCCGAGCAUACUCAGUUCUUAUUGGUAAUCGAGAAUGGAUGAAAUGUAAUUGUUUGACAGUUGACGAUGGUAUUGAUAAAACAAUGUCUCUUCACGAGCAUGAUGGCCAUACAGCAGUAUUAGUAGCGAUUGAUGGUAAAAUAGUUGGUAUGUUAGCCAUAGCUGAUGAAGUAAAACCUACUGCCGCAUUGACCAUCUAUGCAUUGCAGUCGCUUGGCUUACGUACGAUUCUAUUAACAGGUGAUAAUGUUAAAACAGCACGUGCUAUUGCCAGUCAAGUUGGUAUUAAAACUGUAUUUGCUGAAGUUUUGCCUACGCACAAAGAACGUUUUAUUGCUAAUCUAAAAAAGAAUAAUAAAAAAUCGCGAGGAAAAAUAGCUAUGGUUGGCGAUGGAAUCAAUGAUUCACCAGCACUAGCUCGUGCUGAUGUUGGCAUUGCAGUUGGCACUGGCGCCGAUGUAGCCGUCGAAGCCGCAUCGAUCGUCUUGAUACGUGAUGAACUAUUUGAUGUUCUUGCUGCAAUUAUGCUUUCGAAAAAGACAGUAUGGCGUAUACGGAUUAACUUCAUGCUUGCCACUGUUUAUAACUUAAUCACUAUUCCGAUUGCUGCCGGUGUUCUUCUUCCUGCCGGUGUUAAAAUUAUGCCCUGGAUGGCAUCAGCAGCCAUGGCAGUCUCAUCUGUAAGCGUGGUUAUCUCGUCUUUACUAUUGCGAUAUUUCAAAAAGCCAACGAUGGAGAAAUUUGAAAGAGACAGUCGUUAUCGACAGUGGUCAUUAAACAAAUCCGUUGGUAUUGUUGUUCAUCGUGGUAUUGACGACUUACCAGCUCGUCGUUCUAAACCCUCAAGUCUUGUGUCACUCUUUAAAAAUAGUCGAUUAUCAAACAUUGUGGUCGAAUCGAUAUCAGCGAUUAAGAGUGCUGUUAUGGACGAGAAAAGAAAAGCAACUGUAUUUUUCAGCGAUGAACGUUCACCUAAUCAAUGUAGAGAAGAAGAAAUAGAACUACAAAUAACUGCUAUGUGA